AUGCUGCGCCUGCGCUGCACCUUGGGAGCCUCCUUUCUGACGCUCCAGCGCGAGGCCCUCGUGCGCCGCCACGGCCGCUGCUCGAUGCGGCCAGUGGGGUACGCCCUCCUCGUCCCCAACCGCGUGCUCCACCAGGCGGCGCCGCUCCUCUCCGCGUUGGCGACGCAGCGGCGGUGGGUGCGUGUCCGCGGGGAUCGCGGCAGCGGCGAGAGUGGCGGCGGCGCCGAGGACGCGGGGAACGCAAAGGCCGCGGGUGGCGGGGGCGAGCAGGCGGAGCAGAAGGCCACGGGGUUUCGGGCCCAUCUGCAGGGGCUAAGGGAGGACUACGUGCGCUUCCCCGACAUCUACAAUAGUGCCAACGCCCUCAACUUCAUCCUCUUCACAGUCUUCUGUCUUUGUAGCACCGGCAGCAACGUGGAGGAAAAGUGGUGGCUGGAUAACUGGGGCAUUGACGCAGGCUUCGCGCCGCUUGCGUGGGGGCUGCACUCGCUUCUAAUGAACAACUUCCUCUCCAUGACGUUCGCCAUGAUGCUUCUGCACACCAUGUGUCACAGCGUGCUGCCAACGCUAGGCUCACGCGGUCUCAUGAUAUACUGCGCCGCAACGGCCGUGGCCUCUGGGUUUCUCAUGUGGACGUACAACUACCUGACGAACAACACGACGGAGAAGCAAUUCGGCCCGUGGGACAUUGUGGCGGCGUUGUUUGUGAUGCAGUACCUGCACCAAGGAUUCUCGCCGGUGUGCAUUCUCAACAGCUUCAACGGCUGGGUGCGCUACGCCUGCUGGGUGGGGGCCGUCUGCAUUUUGUACUUUGACUGGCAGCCGACGGCGGCGGGCACGCUGGUCGGCCUGGCACUCUGCAAAGGGCACCCCAAGUUUCGCGUGACCGGCCCUGUUAGCUGA